AUGAAAUAUGAUGCUUUUGCGCGUGCCGGAUACCAGAGCAUCACUGUGGUGCUUGACUUGCUUCGUGCCUUUACUGAAGAGUCCAACUACAUGGUAUGGAGUAGCAUCGCUAGUGGCUUGAGUCAGCUACGAAUUCUCAUCCAGGAAGCCACUUACACUAGUGAUGGUCUUGAUCUUAUUGAGGCCGCAGAUCUGAAUUCUGUUUUAAAAGCAGUUCAACAUGUUUCUACAGCUGAACGCGGCUUACGAAUUCUCAUUUGCCAAAUGGCUGAGCCAGUCUUCCAAAAGCUUGGUAUAUACUUAUUCUCUCUUAUAUUUUAUCUCGCUAUGUAUUUUGAUUUUCUUUUCUUUCUCGUGCUCUUCUCUCGCCCUCAUUCAUCACUCUUUUGCUCCCUGUCUUUGACAAUCGCCUCCUUCAUAUAA